AUGGGGAAAUGCUGCUGCGCUCUGAAACCGCGGCACAAGACCAACCCCCCCAAUGCGUCGUUCUCAGAUCCAGAGGAUAAAAAGAAACAACAGAAGCUCAUCGUGGAGAUUGCAAGCAGCUUGUCGGCUUCCGGGAAGUCACAACUACUGUACUAUCUCACGGCUCUCGCUAUCUUACCGCAGAAAUGCGGAAACAUCUCAGUCAGUGGUCGAGAGGCAGCUGUAGUGUUCAUAGAUACCGACAACCGAUUCGAUGCCGAAAGACUCAGAACUGUUGCUCGAGGUAUACUGCAGCAGCGGGGACUAUCUGCCAGACCUGGAGAAACCCCAAACUAUCUUGAGACAUUGCUUGUCUCUUCACUACAGCAUGUCCAUGUCUUUCGUCCGCAAUCUUCAUCCGCUCUUUUAGCCACAGUUCAUACGCUAGACUCGUACCUUCUCGACCUCUCGCGACAUCGUUCUGCGUCACGUCCCUUACAAAUGAUCGCCAUCGACAGUGCCACCGCCUUCCUCUGGCAAGACCGGCUCCGUGACGAAGUUUCACGGACUGAAGAGAUUGGGCGCCCUCAGACGGAAAUCGAUUCCGAUCGCCAGCACAAGACCAGUUUUCAUCUGUCCGACCUCUAUGCCGAGGUAGCGAGAGAGCUGAAGGCCCUACAGAGUCAGUUUCAGUGUGCAAUUGUGUAUACCGCAACGGUCCCAGGGGCUCGAGCCUCUGGCCUUGGUCCAUACGAUCAUUCGGAGGCUCGUGUUCCAUCGCUGAGACCUGCUCUCCCUGCACCAUGGGGCGUUUUUCCAACACUGCGUCUGAUUGUUCACCGGUCUUCUGUACGCCCUUUUCCACCGAGCAUGGCCGCUCAGGCAGCUGCCAAGGACGCCCCUUCUCGGCAGAGUGUGGUUCAGCAAGGCAAGAUAUCUGCAUGGGUCAAUCCAUGGGGACGCGAUGAAUGGCCUCGUCGCAUAGUGGAAGCAAUCGAGGCGAACAACAGUGGGAGCUUUUCAUUCUAUAUACGCGACUCUGGGGUCGAGAUGACUGAUCCACAUCAUUGA